GGAGCACUGGAACUUGACCACUGGCAGUGGAUUUCCAUGGAUUUUAUAUCAAACUUCGCUCCGACUUCUUUCAUCAGGUCUGUGUCUUCUGUGGGUUCUGAGAUUAGUCGGCGAGUCAAGACUGCCUCCUCGCCACCACAGAGGCCUUUCCGAGUUUGUAACCAUGACCGCACUGUGCGUAGAGGGGUCACAGCUGGCUCUCUGAGAGAGCUAAUAGCCAGGGCUAUGGAUGCUCUUUUCUUGUCUGGCGUUGUAUCCUUAGUGCUGGAGGAUGAUGGGACACAGCUGGACAGAGAAGACUUUUUUGAAACACUAGAGGAUGGCUCUGUGGUCAUGGUCUUGGAGAAGGGACAGAAAUGGAUGCCACAAAAGAAUAUAUUGUCAUAUUCUUUACAGCAAGAGAAGCCAAGAAACAGCAAGGAUAUUGCAAAAGUCACAUUUAAUGUCUAUAAGCUCAACCCACGGGACCUAUUUGGAAGUCUGAAUAUAAAGGCCACUUUUUAUGGCUUGUACUCAAUGAGCUGUGACUUCCAGUGUCUAGGCCCCAAAAAAGUGCUCAGGGAGUUUCUAAAGUUUCUCUCAGUGACGCUGCAAGGGAUUGGGCGAGUGCUGCUCACAGCUUCUGGGGUUUUGCGACGUCUUUUGGAAGGAUCAGAUCACUGGCAGAAUAACCGAAUCUACAAGUAUGAGGGGUAAUUCCCUAAGGCGUUCUACAGAACUCCAUGCAACAACUCUCCCUUUCAACCUCUGCAUUGUAUCGUGUGUGCUGCCACAAAAAUCCAGUGUGCUUCUUGUACUGUAAUAAAAAAGCACAGUGCGUUGUGGGUCCAUACAUUUAAAAUAUGGUUGCUGAAGCCAACUUGUUAGCCAUGCUUAGUAUUAAAUAGGCUUUGAAAACUUUGCCAUGUUAGUGCAAUGUGCAGUUUUUGUCUAUGGGUGUAAAUAACAGACAGUGGUACUAAUAUAUUUAGUAGAAUCGGUGUCGCCAUUGUUUUAAACAUAAAAAAUGCAACAACUGCUAGGAUUUCUUUUUGAAGAAUCCAAUUUAAAAGAAUAAUAACUGAAUCAUAAUUUAGGUACAGUGAAUAAAAACCCUUAUUUAAACACA